AUGAGCAGCAACAACUUUUGGCGAAGUUUCCGUCUUUCCCGGUUCUCAUGGGUUAAGAACCCAAUCCUUCCCCUAUAUACUUCUCCCGUGCGUCGUUCAAUGGCUUCAAAUUCACCUACCGGUCGUUUAAGUCUCAGCCAGCGUGUCAAGGAUCUUACGAAAAAGUAUGGUUGGUGGGCUCUGGGAGUAUAUUUAGGCAUCUCUGCCGUCGACUUUGGACUUUCCUUUGCUCUUGUUCGUACGUUAGGUACAGAAAAGAUCGGUUACAUUGAACAUUCUGUCGUGGGAAGUCUCCGUAGCUUAUUUAAUAUGGAAUCCACUGAGAUUCCCUCCUCUGACGAGUCUCAAACAUAUCAUUCUAGCAUUUGGACUGAAAUAGCCGUUGCCUACGGGAUUCACAAAGCUUUAAUUGUGGCUCGUUUACCCAUCACAGCUGCCAUUGUUCCUCCUCUGGUAAAGCGGUUCCGAGGCAGAAAUAUGCGUUUACGAUGA